GUCCUGAGGGGUUAAAAUUCGUCAUUAUAUCAAAUCACUAUCACAUUAGCUUUCGCGAUCAGAAGACAAGAUAUCGGCGGGCAUCAACACUACGAUGGUACAAACCGAUGGAUUCUAUCGACAACGAACAUUGGACUUCAGUGAUAAAUAUCGAAAUCUUCAGAAAUUUACCACCGAUGUUGAACACUUUCUGGAAGAGUACAAUAAUGUUAUAGAGUACCGAAAUGUGUACCGGAGAAACUACCAACGACAUCUGAAAGAAAUUGCAUGCAAUCUACAAUUGUUGAUAUCAAAAUUCGAUCAAAUUAAUCGAGAAGAUACUCACAAUCAACUGUUUAAGCAGUUGUUCUGCUGUGGGGCUUUGUUCGAAGACUGCACUGACCUGAGGGAGCACUAUUUCAGAUUCCAUUACACACCGCGGUUGGUUCAUCCGAAUAUUGUUGAGCUGGAAUCAGGUCAUGGGAAAUUGGAACAUUUCCGGUGUCGUCUAGAUGAAUAUUUACAUUAUGGUACGGAAAGCUCUGCCGCUUUACUGGUGAACUUGAAGAAGCUUUUGAGUUGUAUUCUUCAUACCCUGCAACUGGAUGAAUUAGCGAAAAUAACUCCCGAAGAAAAGCCAGAUUACUUGAUUUUCAAGUGGAGAGAAUACCGUUUGAUUAAAUCUAUAAAUUAGAGCGUGUAAUAAAAAAAAUUAAAAAGAUAACAA